AUGCUCCCGUCCCGUUCUAGAUGCUGUUCUUCCGAGAGGCAUGGCGCAUGCAGAGCGAGACAGGCCGACCCCCCAGAAAGGAUCUGUACUGCUUGGUCGCCUUCAUGCUGGCAGAACUUUCCAGCAGCACAGAAUCCGUUCGCCACCCUUCCCUCAGGCCCCGUGGUGUCGAUCCAGCGGCGGCUCCGGCUGCUUCCCCCUUUGGUUUCUGCCCACGAAAUCGAGGGCCUUCUCUCGCAGUUGAAAGAUGUUUACGAGGGAAAACGCUUUGUCCUUCAAGGCGGAGACUGUGCCGAGGUCUUUGCAGAUUGUCAACCUUGCAUUCUUGCCGCGAAGAUGCGCCUUCUCCUUCAAAUGAGUCUCAUCCUCCAAGACGCCACAUCACGCAAAAUUGUCCGAAUCGGGAGAAUGGCGGGGCAAUACGGAAAGCCUCGAAGUCGGUCCCACGAGAUUCUUGAGGGUCGGAAAGUCCUGACAUAUCGCGGCGACUCCGUCAACGGGACGGAUCCGUCUGACAGGGACCCUCAGCCAGAGCGACUCCUUCAAGCGUACUUUCAAUCGGCGGCGACGCUGAACUUUGUCCGGUCUCUCCUCUCACCUGGCAGUUCCUUUUUCCGGGCUGAUACGGGAAGCGAGAAGACAGAGGAAAGUGUCUGGGAGCUGUCUAAACAAGUUGGUCCGGAGAGGCGGCGCGAGUUCCAAAUCCUUACCAACACCAUCGCUGAGUCAAAACAGAGGCCUUCCGGUCCUUCGCUUGCAAUGCACGCAUCGCAUUCUUCCUCUGCUUCUUCCUACACUACGUCGCCGCCUUCUUCUCCAAAGCCUUCUGAUCUCGAGUCUCCGUCUCCUCUCUUCUCUUCUCGCCCGCCUUUUUCAUCUCUCCUGGACUCCGCAGAUACGGACUGUUCCAUAGGAUGUUUUUCUUCCCACGAGGCUCUUCUGCUUCCUUACGAGGAAGCGAUGACCCGAGAGUACGACGGGAAGUUUUACGACACGAGUGCGCACUUUCUAUGGAUCGGAGACCGAACUCGUCAGCUCGACCAUGCACACAUCCAAUUUUGUCGGGGCAUACGGAAUUCGAUCGGCGUCAAAGUGGGCCCAACGGCCCAGCCGCAUGAAAUCGUUGACAUUUGCCGGAUCUUGAAUCCGGAGAACAUUCCGGGGAAAGUCGUCCUCAUCACCAGACUCGGCGCUGCUGACGCUUCACGUCUCCUGCCUCCGGUUAUUGAAGCAGUACAGACAGCAGGAGUGCGAGUUGUAUGGCUGUGCGAUCCGAUGCACGGAAAUACCCAAGUUACACCGGAGGGGAAAAAGAGACGAUGCUUCACAGAUAUGCUGAAAGAGGUUCUCGUCACAUUCGACACCCACGUGCAGCAUCAAUCGCAGCUUGGCGGGGUGCAUUUCGAGCUUACAGGGGAACAUGUCUCUGAAUGCAUCGGAGGAUGUGAGAGCCGCGGAAAAGUGGGUGAUGAAGAAACCUACGAGGCGUUUUGCGAUCCGAGGCUCAACUAUACUCAAGCUGUCGAAAUGGCCUUUGAGAUCGCAAGCCACAUAAAGCACGCCGAUCAGGAACAGGGGCGGAGUGUUACACUGAACAACUGGGCUAAUGCGCUUCAUUAG